AUGAGCCAGUACGGGUCCCAGAGUGCCCUGAACAUGGGCCGCAGGAUGGGAUCCAGAGGCGACUUGACUGGCGGUGGGAACUAUCAGUACGCACGGAGCGAGGUAAUGCACGGAGGAGGUAAUGGAUACGAACCCUACACGGACGGAUACAACACCUACACCUUUUCAAAGUCGUCUUUGCCAGGCGGGAUGGUCCAGACCAUGAGCAUGGGAGGCGGAAUGGGAGGCGGAAUGAGCGGCUCCAACCUCAGUGGCAUCAACCAGAAGGCCAUGAUCCUGCAGGGCCAGUGCCAGGAAUACCUGAAGAAAGCCGAGUACGCCCUUCAGUCUGGCGGUUCCCAGGGCGACGCAGAGCGCUACAUGGCGAUGGCCAAAGAGACCAUCGAGCAGCUGAAGGGCUGUGCGAUGGACCUGAGACAGAUGGGACAGCCGAAUGAGAACGUAGUCAGAACUUUGGAGAUAUGUAAAGACCAGCUGAAGGGCGUCCACAUGGCCAUCAGCGGCACCAUGACGAGGAGGAGGAGCACCAGAGGGUCCGGAGGCUGGGAGGAAGUGGGAAGGAACUUCCACGAUGGCAUGGCCUGGAUCGCACAGCACAAACGUCUGAUUGAAACUGCUUCCUGGGGAGAAGAUUCUGCCGCCAUCGAGCAGCAGCUCAUCAGCCACCAGAAGUUUCACAGCUCCAUCCAGAGGAGCGCCGAGGUGGAUCGAGCCCGGGACGAACUGAUUAAAAGAGGAGAGAAAGGAAAUCUUCAUGCUCUGGACCAAGAGUGGGACAGUCUGCAGCAAAUGUCGUUCAAUCGGUCGCAGCAGCUGAGAGAGCUCGAUCAGAUCAUUCAGGAUAUAUCCAAAGAGAUCAUAUGGGUGAACGACAGAGAGGAGGAGGAGCUGAUGUUCGACUGGGGAGACAAAAACAUCAACCAGUACAUCCCACAGAAGCAGGAGAGCUACUCGAAACUGAUGAGCGCCCUGGAGGGUAAAGAGAAAGACUUGAAUAAGCUGAAAAACAAAGUGGAUUCCCUCCUGAAGAACAAACACCCGGCCUCGGACAAGAUUGAGGCAUACAUGGACACUCUGCAGACUCAGUGGAGUUGGCUUCUUCAAAUCACCAAGUGCAUUGACGUGCAUCUGAAGGAGAACGCAGCAUACUGUCAGUUCUUCAAGGACGCCAAUGAGACGUACAGUUCCCUGCAGAAGGAACAUGAGACGAUCCGUAAGACGUUCACCUGCGACAAGGACACAUCACUGGAGAACCUACUGGAGCUCCUCAAGGGACUGGAGAGAGAGAAAGAGAAGAUUAUGGACAACAAGAGGCAGGUUCAGCAUCUGGUCAUCAAGUCUAAGAGCAUCGUGAGGCUGAGACCCAGAAACCCCGAAGAGAAGAGCAGCAGCCAGGUCAUCGUCAAGGCUUUGUGUGACUUCAAACAAGACCAGAAAGUGAUCUGUAAGGACAACGAGGCCAUCCUGAAAGACAACAGUCAGCGCAGCAAAUGGCACAUUACUGGCCCGGGAGGACUGGACAUGUUGGUUCCGUCUGUGUGUCUGAUUGUACCACCUCCCAAUCCACUCAGCAUCAGUAUGGCCAGCAAGAACGAUCAGUACUACGAGGCGAUCCUGUCCAUCUGGAAUCAGCUGUACAUCAACGUGAAGAGUCUCAUCGCCUGGCAGUACUGUCUCAUGGACAUCAAACAGAUCAACUCCCUCACCAUAACGAUGCUCGCCCGAAUGCGUCCCGAGGAGUACCGUCAAAUCAUCAAGAGCCUGGAGACUCACUACGAGGAGUUCAAACUGAGCAGCCACGGCUCCCAGAUGUUUGUUGACGAUGACAAGAGGGGCAUCGAGAACAAGUUCACCGAAGCCCAGACGCACUACGACAACCUGGUGGUGCAGCUGCCUGUUUACAUUGCACAACAAGAACAACUACAACAAGAAGAACGACGGAGAGCAGAGACGAAAGUGAAGAAAGAGGUGGUGAAAGUGACCAAGACGGAGCCUGUGGUGAAGAAGAAGAAGGUGGUGGUGGUGUCUUCCUCCCGGAGUCUGUCAGAACUGCACGCGCUCAGAUUGAGGCUGGAGGCUGCCGAGGGUUCGCUGAGUCAGCAUGUUCACAUCUGCUUUGGAGAAGACGGGUUUCACGAUUGUGGCGUUAAGAUUACACAACUAGAGGCCGUGCAUCGUGAUGUAGACUCGAUACGCCAGGAGUACUUGCGUCUGAAGGAGCGGAUUUUAAAGGAGCUGGAGGGAAUGACCGAUUCGGAUAAAGCCCAGUUCCUCCGCAGUGAGGUCGCAGUCAUCGACCAACGACUCGCCAGCCUGGAGAGCGGCUCAUCAGCUUACCUGCAGAGACUGCGAGCUCUGAGGGACCUGCUGCAGAGCGUGGCGCAGGCUGAAGACAUAGUGAAAGUUCACGAGGCGAGACUCACAGAGAAGGAGACCACUUCUCUGUCGCCAAGUGAAGUGGAAGAGUACAUGUUGACUCUGAAGAAUAUUAAGGCAGAGUUGGAUCAGAAGAGGCAUUUCCUGACCUCCAUGGAGUCAGAGCUCUCUAAGGCGACCCACUGGAACAGUCAGGUGGGAGGAUCUUUCCACAGAUGUGACAUGAUGCUGUGCCGUUGCACGGAGCAGGUGAGCCUGCUGUCAGACCGCUGGAGACGAAUCGAUGGACAGAUUGACACCAGACUCCAGGAUUUGCAGUUGUAUCUGCCUCAGCUGCAGCACUACAAGCAAACCAGUUCCUCCCUCAUCGAAUGGAUUGAUGUCACACGGAAGAAGCAGGACACCCUGCAGGCCUCCAAAAUACACAGCGUCGAGGCUCUGAAAGACCACAUAAAUACCCAGAAGGCACUGAACUCAGAAAUCAAAGCGAAGAAGGAGACAUUAGAGAGAGUGCUGCGGGACAAUGUGGCCUGUGUGAACUCCAUCAAGGAGUAUGAAACGGACCUUGCCUCAUACGCCUCUGGUUUAGAGACUUUGCUCAACAUCCCCAUCAAGAGGACAAUGCUGAGAUCGCCAUCGAUGGAUCUUAAUGAGGAGGCUAUUCAAAUCCAGACCCGUUACAUGGAGCUGCUUACCCUGUCUGGUAACUACCACAAAUUCCUGGGAGAGCUGCUCAAAAACAUGGAGGAGCUUAAGAUACGAAACACCCGGAUUGAGCUGUUAGAGGAAGAACUUCGCGAGUUGAGGGAAAAUAUGCAAGAGUGCAAUACCAAGAACAAAUCACUGGAAGACGACAUUUCCCGCUACCUGCUGCAGCUGUCCCAGUCAAAGGAGCAGCUGCUGUCAGUGGAGGAAGUGAAGAGAAGCACGGUCCUGCAGUGCACUGCCACCAAGGACAGCCUGGACACCACUCAGAGCCAGCUGUCAGACCUCAGCGAUCAGAUGACAAACAUCAACUACUUGCUUGAGGAAGAAAGGAGGAAGAAGAGGCUGGCAGAAGAACGCUAUCUUCAGCAGCAGGAGGAGUACGAAUCAACGCUGAAGAAGAGGCAGUCAGAGCUCGAGACUGUUAGCUGGUCCAAGAUAGAGCUGGAGAAGAGUUUGUCAACUAAGGAAUACGAGCUUGAACUGCUACGUCGGCAGCUGGCUGAGGAAGCAGAGAAGAUCAAGGAGCUGCAGAGGGAGAUGUCAAAGGUAAGGAGCCAAUGCAGUGCGGAGGUCAAUAACUUAAAGCUCAGCUAUGAAUCCCAGAUCCAUGUCACUCGUGUGGACAUCCAGAAGCUGGCAACCCAGAAGGAGGAGGAUACAGCUGAGCUCCAGCUCCAGUGUGACAGGGUGGAGGCAGAGAGGAGGGAUCUGGAGGAGGAGCUCAGGAGGCUCAGGAUGUCAUUCAACCAAACAGAGGAACAAAGGAAGAGAGCAGAGGGAGAAACUCACAGUCAGCAGUUGGUUAUCACAGAGGAAGCACGCAGGAGGAGAGAACUGGAAAGUCAGGUGGAGUUGUUGAUAAGGCAGAGAGAUGAGGAAAGUAGCCAGUACAGGGAGGAGCUGGGUGAGCUCAUGAAGACCCUGCGGGAGAAGAAUGAAGAGCUGGCCUACAUCACACACAGUUUAGAUGAGGAGACCCGCAGGAGGAAAACCACAGAGGAAGGCCAGGGUGUGCUUGAGCAGAGUGUGUCCCAACUGCAGGUAAAGCUGACUAAUUCAUCAGUAGCUGUGACCCAGCUGAAGGAGUGUGAGGAGGAGCUUCAAAAGGUGCGUUUCGAGCUGGAGAGACAGAUCAAGGAGCGAAGCAGAGUAGAACAGAACAUGAACAGGGUACAGGGACGCCUCAAGGACCUUCAAGGUGUGAGAGAUGGUCUGGAGAGCCAACUGGAGAUCCUGAGGAAAGCCAACCAAGAGGAGGUGGCUAGAAAAAGGCAGCUAGAAACAGAACUGGAAAGCACCACUAUGACCAUGAAGGAGUACAGCAACACCAUUGCUACGCUACGCCAGAGCCAAGAACAAACCAGCAUGUCAGAAAAGAGAGGUGAAGGAGAACGUCUCAGGUUGCAGGAGGAGCUGGAGAGGAGCUUGAAACAAAACAAGACAUCUUCAGAGCACAUAACAAAACUGAAUGCUGAGCUGAAAACCCUGCAGCAACAACUCCUCCAGGAGCAGACACGAGUCAAAGAGGCAAAUCUCAGAAACGAGGGUCUUUACAAAACUAUAGAAGAGAAGAGUAAGACACUGAACGAGAACUCUGUUGAGCUUAAAAGGCUGAAGGAGAUGAUAGAAACCCAGACCAAAGAGAGGCUGAAGCUGGAGGAGGAGCUAAGGGCAGCACGACAUGAUAAAGAGGAGAUCUUGAAAUCCAAAAUGGGAAGUGAUGACGAUCUGUACUCUCAAAUCACAGCACUGGAGCUACAGCUGCAGGCCAGUGAGCGUCACAAUGUAGACUACCGCAACCUGGUCUCCGAACUCUCCUUGGAAAGUGAGAAACUCAAGCUGGAGACUGAGAAAAUAAGAAAGCAAGCCAUCGAGACUACAGCUUCCAUGCAGUCCAUUCAGUCCCAGUACAAUGAGAUUGUGAAUGAAAGAGAUACUCUGUUGCUGAAACUGAAGUCGUUAGAAAAGGACAGAGAUCGCCUCAAAAUGCUAGAGGAGGAACUCAGUCGUAUCAAACUAUCUUUAGAGUCUGAAGUUUGCAACAAGCAACAUAUACAGGAUGAGAAUGAGAAGGUGAAGAAAGAUUUAUGUUACUGGAAGGACCAGCAUGAUUGUAAGCAAACACUGGUUAUACAGUAUGAAACAGACAAGGAUCGUCUGGAGAGGGAACGGAACUCGUUGAAAAGUGAGAUAGAGAGGUUGAUGAGGGAACUAAAGGAGCUUGAGGAGACAUAUCGAAGUAAAUUGACACUCCUCCAGAAAGAACUAGUUGAGCUGAAUGUUGUCAGACAAACCAUCGAGGAUGAGUUGAAGAAAGCUAAAGAGCCCCCACCCUUGGUUUUUGAUGGCGUCCGCAAGCCAGUCACAGCAACCCAGUUGCAUGACUGUGGUGUUUUGGAGGAGCCAACAUUCAGCCAGCUUUUGAAGGGGCAUAAGACUGUCUCUGAGGUGUCUGGUGACAAAAAGGUCAAUCUAAAAGGGACGGGCCCAAUAGCUGGUGUGAUAAUUGAAAGUACAAUGGGUCCACAGUCUGUUACUAGUCCCAUAUGUAAAAUGACCUUCACUGAAGCUAAGAAUCAGAAUCUCCUGCCAUCAGAUAGCGUUGACCUGCUCCUGGAUGCACAGGCUGCCACAGGCCACAUCAUUGACCCCAGAACUAAUCAGAAGUUGACAGUUGAAGAGGCACGUUAUCAAGGUGUAAUUGAUGAAGAGGAUCGAGAGAGGUUGUUGGCAGCAGAGGCUGCAGCUCUUGGAUAUAGUGAUCCCAGCUCAGGCAAACCCCUUUCAGUAUUUCAGGCCAUGAAGAAAAGAAUGAUUGACAGGAACACAACACUGCGCCUGCUACAAGCACAGGAGUCUGUGGGGGGCAUUCUAGACCCUAUUCUUAGUGUGUUCCUUCCCAAAGACACAGCCAUUGAACGUAAUCUAAUUGAUGAAGACAUAUAUCGUGCUCUCAAUCAGAGGCCUGAGCUCUAUCUGGACCCAGAAAGUGAGGAUGGUGUAACCUAUAUGUCGUUGAAGAGGAGAUGCAAAGUAGAUCCACACACAGGCCUUCUACUUCUUCCUGUACCAGAAAAGCUAGACCCCUCCAAACUCAUCUUUGAUGGUGUUCGGAAACCUGUCACAGCCAAGCAGUUGCUUGAUUGUGGUGUCCUGGACAAACCAACAUUUAAAGACCUAGAGAAGGGAAAGAAAACUGUCCCAGAGGUAUCUGUAGACAAAAACAUCAGUCUGAAGGGGACUGGGCCCAUUGCUGGUGUUUUAGUUGGGAAUCGUAUCAAAAUGUCUUUGUCAGAAGCAAAAAAACUGAAUCUUCUGCCCCUAGAAAGUGCAGAUUUGCUGCUGGAUGCCCAGGCAGCGACUGGCCAUAUCAUUGACCCCAGCACCAAUCAGAAACUGAUAGUAGAGGAGGCAUGUGCCAGAGGAGUGGUGGAUAUGAGUGAUCGAGAUAGAUUAUUAGCAGCAGAAGCUGCUGCAGUGGGCUACCGGGAUCUGAGCACAGCAAGGCCUCUGUCAGUAUUUGAGGCCAUCAAUAAAGGACUAAUUGACAAGAACACUGGGCUUCGCCUGCUGCAGGCCCAGGAGUGUGUCGGAGGCAUUCUAGAUCCAAACCUCAGCGUGUUCCUCCCUAAAGACACUGCUAUCAAGCGCAGUCUUCUGGAUGAAAACCUCUAUCGUACUCUAAACCAGACCCCUGCGUGUUACCUUGAUCCAGAAACUGAGCGUGAUGUCAGCUAUGGGGCUUUGAAGAAAAGAUGCAAGGCAGAGCCUCACACAGGUCUGCUACUUUUGCCAAUCACUGAGAGGAAAGACCCUUCCAAAUUGUUGUUUGAUGGUGUCCGUAAGCCAGUCUCAGCACAGCAGCUGUUUGAGUGUGGAAUACUUGACAAGCCUACAUUUAACCAGCUACUAAAGGGGGAGAAAACUGUCCCAGAGGUGUCAUUGGACAAAAAGAUCUUUCUGAAGGGGACAGGAUCAAUUGCUGGUAUAGUUGCUGGACUUUCAGGGAAAAUGUCUUUCUCAGAAGCCAAGAAACAGAUGUGCAUGCCCAUAGACAGUGCAAAUUUGCUGUUGGAUGCUCAGGCAGCAACUGGCCAUAUCAUCGACCCACGCACCAAUCAGAAGCUGACAGUAGAGGAGGCAUGUGCCAGUGGAGUGGUGGAUAUGAGUGAUCGAGAUAGAUUAUUAGCAGCAGAAGCUGCUGCAGUGGGCUACCGGGAUCUGAGCACAGCAAAGCCUCUGUCAGUAUUUGAGGCCAUCAAUAAGGGACUAAUUGACAGGAAGACUGGGCUACGCCUGCUGCAGGCCCAGGAGUGUGCAGGGGGCAUUCUAGAUCCCAACCUCAGUGUGUUCCUCCCUAAAGACACUGCUAUCAAGCGCAACCUGCUGGAUGAAGACCUCUGUCAUGCUCUAAACCAGAUCCCUGCAUGUUACCUUGACCCAGAUACUCAGCGUGAUGUCAGCUAUGGGGCUUUGAAGAAUAGCUGCAAAACAGAAUCUCACACAGGUAUGAAGCUUUUGUCCAUCACUGAGAGGAAAGACCCUUCCAAAUUGAUGUUUGAUGGUGUCCGUAAGUCAGUCUCAGCACAGCAGUUGCUUGAUUGUGGGAUCCUAGACAAACCAACAUUUAACCAACUAAUAAAGGGUGAGAAAACUGUCCCAGAGGUGUCAGUGGAUAAAAGGGUUUUCUUGAAGGGAACCGGGUCAAUUGCAGGGAUUGCAGCUGGACCUUUGAAGAAAAUGUCCUUUACAGAGGCAAAGAAACAAAACAUUAUAUCUUCUGACAGUGCUGACAUGCUACUGGAUGCUCAGGCAGCCACAGGUCACAUUAUUGACCCAAGAACUAAUCAGAAACUGACAGUAAAGGAAGCAUGUGCAAGAGGAGUAGUGGAUAAAAAGGAUGAAUCAAAGUUGUUUGCAGCUGAGUUUGCUGCUAUGGGUUACCAAGACCCAACAACUUCUAACCUCCUGUCAGCUGGUCAGGCCAUGAAGAAGGGACUAAUUGACAAGGAAACUGCUUUAAGAAUACUUCAAGCUCAAGAGUCCGCAGGGGGUAUUUUGGAUCCUACUCUCAGUGUAUUCCUACCCAAAGACAUAGCUGUGGAUCGGGAUCUCAUUGAUAUGGACCUAUACCAGGCCCUGAAUCAGAGUCCUGUGGUCUAUCUUGACCCAAUCACCCAACAAACAACUAGCUAUGUGGCUCUGAAGAAAAAAUGUAAAGCAGAUCCAAGCACAGGCCUUUUGCUUCUCCCUGAACCAGAAAAACCAAUAACUGUCCAGGGGCUCAGGGACCAGGUGUUAGUCCAAGAUCUGGUAGAUGCAAACCUGCUGGAACGGUCUGAUAUGGACCGACUGAGGGAGGGCAGAUUGACAAGCCAUGAUAUUGAAGAUCGCCUGCAUUCCUACCUGAGAGGUUCCACCUGCAUAGCAGGAGUUUAUGAUGAAGCCAGUAAUAAGGUGAUAUCCAUCUAUCAGGCCAUGAAAGACGGACUGUUGCGACCUGGGACCACUCUGGAACUGCUUGAAGCCCAAGCUGCUUCAGGUUUUCUAGUUGAUCCUGUCAACAAUCUGUACCUGACUGUAGGUGAUGCCUAUAAGAAAAGACUGUUCGGGCCAGAGUUCAAGGACAAACUGCUAUCAGCAGAGAAGGCUGUGACUGGUUACAAUAUGCCUGGUACAGACAACAUUAUCUCCCUCUUCCAGGCCAUAGAGAAAGGUUUAGUGGAGAAAGGUCAUGGCAUCCGUCUGCUAGAGGCCCAGAUUGCCAGCGGUGGUAUAAUUGAUCCUGCACAUAGCCACCGUAUUGAUGUAAAUGUAGCCUACAAGAGAGGUUACUUUGAUGAGAAAAUGAACAAGAUCCUGGCUGAUCCGAGUGAUGAUACUAAGGGCUUCUUUGACCCUAACACACAGGAAAAUCUAACCUAUCUGGACCUAAAGAAACGCUGUAUCACAAAUAAGGAUGGCCUUAUCCUUUUGCCGAUCAUAGACAAGAAAAAGCAAGAGUCGACUUCCAAGAACACCCUGAGAAAGAGAAGAGUGGUAAUUGUGGACCCAGAGACUAACAAAGAGAUGACAAUACGUGAAGCCUAUGACAAAGGGUACAUCGACUACGACACCUUCCUGGAGCUGUCCGAGCAGGAGUGUGAGUGGGAAGAGACCACUAUCACUGCUCCAGAUGGAUCUAAGCGGUUUGUUAUCACUGACAAGAAGACUGGGAGGCAGUAUGACAUUUCUGAGCUGCUUGAAAAGCGAGUAAUUGAUCAGGCAGUUUUUGACCGGUACCGUUCGCAUGCCAUCACCCUUACUCAGUUUGCAGAUAUCAUCACCAGUAAGACCAAACAUGCAUCAUCAUCACCAACUUCAAGAUCAGCAGCCUCAGGUGCAUCUUCAAGUACAACUUCUGUGACAUCGUCAUCAACUUCAAGAUCAGCAGCCACAGGUGCAUCUUCAGGUACAUCAUCUAUGACAUCGUCAUCUACUUCAAGAUCAGCAGCCUCAGGCGCAUCUUCAGGUACAUCAUCUUCAACUUUAAGAACAUCAUCGUCAUCAUCAGUCAUGUCAAGGCCUUUGUCACCUACUCUUUCUAAGAUGACUACAACAAGAACUACUGUUACAGAGCGAACCACUUCACUCAGCAGUGUAGGUGAAGAGUUUCCUGAUAACCUUAAGCAAAUAUCCAGUGUUUCUAUCUCUCUCGCCUCUCCCUUUGAAACAAUUGGUGACCAAGAACCUGUGGGUGCCAUGUUUGACACAGACACUUUAGAAAAGAUAACCAUCACGGAGGCUCUAGAUCGUGGUCUUGUGGAUACCAUCACUGCCCAAAGACUGCUGGAGGCCCAGGCCUGCACUGGAGGAAUUGUCAAUCCCACAACUGGCCGUAAGCUGAGCAUCCAAGAGGCCGCCCGUAUGGGUAUAAUAUAUGACGACAUGGCCACUAAACUCAAGGCUGCCCAGAAAGCUUACAUUGGCUUUGAGGAUGUAAAAACCAAGAAGAAAAUGUCAGCUGCGGAGGCUGUGAAGGAGAUGUGGCUUCCAUAUGAGGCAGGCCAGAGGUUCAUGGAGUUCCAGGUUGUAACAGGGGGGCUUUAUGACCCAGAAAUGGGCUGCAGAAGAACCAUAGAAGAUGCUUUAAAAAUGGGCUGGUUGGAUGAGAGAGCAGCCCAGAAGCUCCAUGAUGUCAGACACCACGCAAAGAACCUAACAUGCCCCAAGAGCAAGCUAAAGAUCUCUUACAAGGAGGCUCUUGACAAUUGCAUGGUGGAGGAAAGCACCGGGGUAAGAAUGCUACAGGCGUCGUCUAUGUCUUCCAAAGGCAUCAGCAGUCCCUACAAUGUCUCCUCUGCUCCUGGAUCCACCACGGGCUCAAGGAGUGGCUCACGACGAAGCUCCCGCAGAAGCAGUGUGGACUUGGGCUCCCCCACCUCCUUAUUAACCAGUCGCUACAGUCACAGCAGCCUCACCACCUUCUCCUCCAGAUCCUUGAAAUAAACCAAAAACAAAACAUUAAAAAAAGUCCUGCACAUUGUUUAUGAAUCAGAAUUGGUUGGGGUAUUGUAUUGUAAAAGGAGAAUAAUGCAAAGGUUAAUGUUUUAAAUUCUUAAACUUUUUUGCAUAGUUUUAGAUUUUUAGCUUUGUUUGUCUAAUCUUUAAGCCUUUAAAAUGCUAUAGUUUAAAGGAUCAUGAGAAUGAACACAUCAAAGAUAUUUUUGUGACAAUGAACUUAAGUAUUAAUGGCAGCCAUCUUAAGGUAUUUGGAUUGAAAGUAAAGUGUAAUUAAUAUAAUUGUUACUCCUAGAAUAGGCCUAGAAAUUAUUGCCAUAUUGUUUGUUUGCAUACACAUAUUUCAAAUUUUCCAAAAGCUCAUUUUGAAGCUUUACUUCGGUAGCAUAAUGGUGUUAUGUUUGCAUUUAUUUUACAGCUAAAACAGCCUAAGUGCCUAUUUUGUGUGGGGAGAGGUGCAAGCUUGGAUUGCCUAUACUAGCAUAACUAUAAUUUUGUACUGCAUUUGUUUAUCAUGGGUGUUUUGCUUCCAGUUUUGUAAGUUUCUCAAUAACUCAAAAUAAAAGGCUAACAUUUUGCUCA